UCUGAGCAGAGCUAUGGGGACUGUCGAAGAAACUCUGAAGUGCCCUGCUUGCCAGGAUUUAUUUACAGACCCUGUGAAACUCCCAUGCAGACAUUACUUUUGUCUGACCUGCAUACAAGCUGUGUGUGAGGGGGCUCCACUUUUCUGCCCAGAGUGUCAGAUCCUGCUACCAUCCAACCUCACCCUGGAGAUAGAUGCAAGCCUACAAAGCAAAGUGAAGGACUUCAGUAUGAAAUCAUCAACGUCGGCGCUACUGACAGAAACUAAAUUGCCGUCAACUAUCCGCUGCGACCACUGCAUAGAGACGCCAUCAGAAGCUAUCAGGACCUGCCUGACCUGUGACGCAUCUCUGUGCCAGGCUCAUGCGUUGUUGCACGAGCAAAGAUCUGCAUUGAGGGAGCACACUGUGGUGGAGGUGACACAGGAUCUGCUGUCUUUAAAAUGCAAAGAGCAUCGUGACGAGCUUAAGCUCUUUUGCUUGGAGGACAGAGUCCCUGUUUGCUGUUUGUGUGUCCUGGUUGGUGCACACAAGAAUCACAGAGCUGCCCAGCUACCUGAAGCCUGCACCGACUUAAAGAGCAUGUUGGAGACAACUGUGAAACAAUUGCUCCAGAUGAGAUGUGAAGCAGAGAACGCCAUUAAGGACUUGGAGUUCAUGUAUACACAAACAGUGAUGUCCGCAGCGGAUUUUAGAGAGAGGAUCUCAGAUAAGUACAACAGGAUCCGAGUUGUGCUGGAUGGCGACGAGCGUCUGAUGAUGCAGAUCAUUGAUGCAGAAGAAGAAUGCAUGAGCGAGUGGCUGGAAGCGCAGAGAGGAAUUGUGGAGGCCCGCAUCAAGGAGAUAGAUCAACUCAGAGUUUCUAGUAAAUUACUCUUACAAGAAACACAUGACUUAAGCUUCAUACAACAAGUCACCACGCAGAAUCUGUGUGACCCGCCAAAGUUGGCACCCAUUCAACAAAUAGACCGAGACCUGUGUGAACCUGACAAGUUGAGAACAGUGGAGAAGCUUGUGGAUGACCUGUCAGUGGCUCUUUCGCAACAUUUUCCUCGAAUGUGGUCCUAUCUAAGUUGUCCUUCUCUCGACUUGAAAACAGCCCACCCAAAGCUGGAGGUAUCCCAAGAUGGGAGACAAGUGUGCUGGAGAGUGCAACCAAACAGGACAUGGGCUCCAACCAUUCAACCAUAUGAUUCCCAAUACAGCGUUUUGGCUCAAAAGAGUUUUACGACUGGCCGACACUACUGGGAAGUCAUCGUACAGGAGAAACCGUACUGGCUGAUUGGUGUGACCACCGGUCCAGUCACUAGAGACAUUUGUCUGAGUCCAAGACCUUCUGGUCUAGGUGUGAAUAAGACUUCCUGGUGCAUCUACCAUAGUGAGGGACAAUAUAUGGCGUGCCACGACACGCAGGAGAAACAACUCCAAGUUGGGAAGAAAGUCAGAAAGUUGGGCAUACUGGCAAAUCUCCCAAAGGGGGAACUGUCGUUCUACAAUGCAGACACCAUGACUCUACUUCACUCUUUCUACGUGGAGUGCAAAGAGCCACUUUUCCCAAUGUUUAACCCUUGCAUUGAUGUGAAUGGACUGAACAGGCAGCCCCUGACCAUGUUUUGGAUCAAUGACCCCUGGGACUGGAGUGUCAACCCAGAUGGAGGUGACGAGUGACUUUUUAAUUUGUCAUAUUACAGUCUAAAAAGAAUGUUGGAUGUCAGAUAAUUCUUUUAUAUAUGAGCGUUCAGUUUGUGUUUCACUUCAGUAUUUUACAUGAUUAGAGUCAGUAACUGACACCACAAUACACUGUAAAUAUUUCAUCCAUUCAUUUCUGGGGCAAACUACUCUCAUGCAGUUUGCAGAGUUACUGACCCGCCGUGCUUUGCUUGUUCUUUUCACUACAUAAAUGACAACACCGAGGUCAUGUGUGCCUUUGGUGUCAGUUUACCUUGUAGGGGGCGACCCGCAGGGAAAAUUUAACCAAUCAGUAUGUGCGUGACUGCAUCUUUGUGUGUAUUCUUGUUCAUCUCAUAAAGAAAAUGAGAAAUUUCCAUUGUACUUUGAGGUCUUGUGUGCUCAUUUGUUCACUAAUAGUUUAAAAAAUCAUGUGUGGGAACAUAUUGCAAAUUUAAAUUCAUAAAUCCUUUACAGUCAAUUAAAGCAAACAUGUAAAACAAUUUCUAAGGCAUUCCUGACUCAAAGCUAUUACGGAAUUGA